CUCGUGCACGUCUCUCUCUGCCUCGGUGACGCGCCCCGGGUUCCGUCCUACCGGAGGACGCUCAGAGAUGCAGCAGAGCGCCUGAGAGGAGACAUACGCGCGGAUUAUCGUCUCCAGCUUCUCCAGCGCCGGGAUUUACCGCGCAUCCACCGCAUCCGUCGCGUCCUUCCUCCGCGGGACCGAGCCGUCUGACCCGGGACCAGGAGACGUGAGCUGCUGCAAGUCAACAAAGUGGAAACUGAUGGUGGCUGAAACUGGAUGAACCUGUCUGCCCACUUAGCCGUCGAUCCACACGUCCAUCCCUCCAUCAGCCAGAGGAAGGAUCUGAUGACAGGACUGCAGAGACAGGAGACAAAGAACCACCUGCCAUGGCCAGCGCAGCUGAUGGUGUAGGCAGUCUGGGUGCAGAGCAGAACCACCUGAGCGUCCCUGUCGCUGACCACGGAGCCUGGGCCACGGCCAUGAACAACCUGGGCAUCAUGCCUGUGGGUAUUAACGGGCAGCAGCUGGUUUCAGACACUUUGUGCAUCCAGAGAUUCGACCCCGGGCUGGGCCUCAUCGCGCCCUUAAACCCCAUGAUGACGGGCAUCAGCCUGGUCCCUCCUCCACCUCUUCCUCCCGACAUGCCCGUCAUCAAGGAGAUCAUUCAUUGCAAGAGCUGCACUCUUUUCCCUCAGAACCCAAACUUGCCCCCUCCAUCAACACGGGAGCGACCCCCUGGCUGUAAGACGGUUUUCGUCGGAGGUCUUCCAGAGAACGCCACAGAGGAGAUCAUCAGGGAGGUGUUCGACCAGUGCGGAGAGAUCAUCGCCAUCCGCAAGAGCAAGAAGAACUUCUGCCACAUCCGCUUUAGCGAGGAGUUCAUGGUGGACAAGGCUCUUUACCUGUCAGGGUAUCGGAUGCGAAUCGGAUCCAGCACAGAUAAGAAGGACUCGGGGAGGGUCCACGUGGACUUUGCCCAGGCCAGAGACGACCUGUAUGAGUGGGAGUGUAAACAGAGGUUGCUGGCCAGAGAGGAAAGACACCGGCGAAAGAUCCACGAGGACCGGCUGCGUCCGCCGUCUCCUCCACCCAUCGUCCACUACUCUGAACAUGAGGCGACAGUGUUAGCUGACAGACUGAAAGAUGACCACAAGUUCAGCGACGCCACGGCGGUGCUGUUCACCUGGAUCGACCGGGGCGAGGUCAACCGUCGCACCGCCAAUCACUUCUACUCCAUGAUCCAGUCGGCCAACAGCCACGUCCGCCGGCUCAUGAGCGAGAAAGCUCAGCACGAGGAGGAGAUGGAGCGAGCCAAGGAGGCCUUCAAGAACGCCCUGAUGGCCAUCCUCACACAGUUCGAGCAGAUCACCGCCGUUUUCACCGCCGCCACCAGGCAAAAGGCAUGGGACCAUUUCUCAAAAGCACAGCGCAAGAACAUAGACAUUUGGCGCAAGCAGUGUGAGGAGCUGAGAAACGCCCACAGCGAAGAGAUCAUGGGCAUCCGACGGGAGGAGGAGAUGGAGAUGUCGGACGACGACUCGGACGAAAAUCCUUGCAAGAGGAUGCGCACUGAGGAAAAUGGAGGGUGCGAUCAGACUCAGGCGUCUCUGAAGGAGGAGAACGACUCCCUGCGUUGGCAGCUGGACGCCUACAGGAACGAGGUGGAGCUCCUGAGGAAGGAGCAGUGCAGAACGAACCGCCCCGACGACGAUCACCUGCAGACACAUUCACACGUUCACAGUCCAGAGGCUCAGAUCCAGCUGCUGCAGCAGAGCAUGCACAACAUGCAGCAGCAACUCCUGACUCUGCAGGAGAAGCUGACGAGUAAAGAAGCCGAGCUGGAGCAGGCGAGAGAGGAGCAUCGCUACCUGGAGGGGGAGGUGCUCGGCCUCCGAGACAAGCUGCUGAGCAGUAAUGGUGAAGCUGUGGAAGGGACCAAUGGAGAGAUACACGAAAAGGGGAUCAACGGGUGUGUUCCUUCACUGUACCACAGCAGAGACAGGAGGAGCGAGGUCAUCAAGAGAGGAGGAGUCGCCUCAGAAAAAGAGGCCCUGCUUCUGGGCAUCAUAUCGACGUUCCUCCACGUGCAUCCAUUUGGGGCCAACCUGGAGUAUCUGUGGUCGUACAUACAAAGACUGGACUCAAAGGUAUCAGCGGGGGAGCUGGAGCGCCUCAUGGUCCGUCUGCCCACCAUGUUCAGGCAGGAGCUGAGCGGCGUCGGAGCGACUCUGGAGAAACGGUGGAAGUUCUGCGGCUUCGACAGCCUCAGCUCGGCGUGACGCAGGGACGACGCACGCACACACUGGGCAGACACAGCAACGUGAAAAGACAGUGUAACAGACCCUUAAUGUGUGUGUGCGUGUGUGUGUUCUUCACACUUUCACAGCAGCGUUGGAUUAUAUGGAUGAUGUUCACCCAAGCAGACACUGGAAACCGGACAACUGCAUGUUGGGUCAAGAUGAAAACUUUUGCAGAUUCGUAUCUCUGUGAACUGCAGCGGGUUUUUAGAGACUGGGUGCUACAUCAGUCCUGAAGACACUCCGCGUAUCUCGGCUUUGAACUGAACCGUGGCACUUGGUGACCUUCUUAGCUCCACUCAGCAGCAGAGGGAGUAAAAAGUUCCACCAAAGUUAAUCUUGUCCAGAAACUGGUGCAUUCUUACUUUCUAGUGGGCUCCCUGUGGCACGAUGGGACAUACACAGUUAGGUCAGUGACACUCGGUUUACAAGGAGUUUACACUCGACUAUAAAUCUGCCAUCUGAAUUAAACACAAACUUUUCGUUAUGUUGUCUUCAAAUUUAACACUUAAGUUCUUUACCACAAAGACUAAAGUAAUGAAACAAAACAUCACGGAUUACAGAUCAUUAUUUUCUGGUUUAUUUACGGUAGAUUGAAGCAGCAACGUCUGAGGCCGAAAAGCAAUGAAGCAGAAAUGCAGUUCCUCCUAUGGCCACUAGAUGCUCGUAUGGGAACUUUAACCCCAGAGCUGUAUAUUAAAGAGAGUCUGUCCAACUCAAAUCAUGGCGCCUUGUUUGCUACAUCAGAGGUUAGAUUCUACAGUGUAACCCUGGUUGAUGUUGAAAUAAAUGUCUUAUUUUCACCAUUAACGGGCCUAUAAAUGUUA